AACACUUAAGAGGCAUGAUAAAAAUCGAUCAUGCAAAAUAUUAAUCGUUGAACAGUGAUUUUCAAUUUCGCCGACUACAGUAACCGCAAAAAGAUACUACUGUAAUAUAUGAGUAAAUUUUCAAUAUUUCACUGUCACCUGUCAACAAAAUAUACAUAUUUCUGCAAAUUCAGUGGCUAUAUAGAUAGCAGUAAAAAUACGAGAAAACGUUUUGUUCCCCGUAAUUUUUGUUUGCUCACCACUCUUUUCCCAUCUUCGCAGCCAACAAUUUCCAAAACAUCCGUCUCUCUCCAUUGUUCUUACAACUAAAAGAAUAUGAAGAAGUACACCCCUGAUUCGCGUCUUGACAAUAUUGCGCCUAUUCCGACGCGUUUUGAACGUCGGAAGAUGUUGCCAGACAUCGGAACUUCAGCCGAAUUCACAUUCUCCCGUGUUCCCGUAUUUCCCGGUUUGAGGAAACCGGGAAAAAGAAUCAUCGCGAUCUACCUAGCGAGUGCUUCAAUUGGAUUCGCAGCUGCUUGGUUUGGUGCUGCCACUUUUGAUCAGGUCAAUUUGAAAAUUGAUAGCUACAAAGACCGAUUAGACAUUGUUCCAUACAAAUAAUUUUUAAAAAUGAAGAUUAACAAAUAACUGUAAAAU